AUGAAUUUGAACGAGAAACCUGUGGAAGAAGGAAAAAAAAAAUUAAAAAAUUCACAGUAUCAAUUUCUCACUCUUUCUGCCCACAAUCUCCUGCCUCUCCACCUCCUCCUCAGAUAUAGACACACAAAAGAAGUACUACCGACUCAGAUGCUUAUUGUUGGAUUGACAGGUGGGAUUGCAUGUGGUAAAUCCACUGUUUCAAAAGAACUUAAAGAGAAAUACCAUUUAACGAUAGUUGAUGCAGAUUUGAUUGCUCGAGAAGUUGUUUACCCCAACAAACCAGCAUUCAAAAAAAUCGUGGCUGCUUUUGGUAAAGAAGUCCCAGAUUUAGUCAACCCACAAGAUGGUAGUUUAAAUAGACCAGCUUUGGGUAAAGCUGUUUUUGGAAAUAAAGAAAAGUUGGCAGUUUUGAACUCCAUUGUUCAUCCAGCUGUUAAAUGGGAAAUGUUCAAACAAAUCCUCUUUGCUUAUCUUACAUUCAAACAAUUAAUAAUAUUAGAUGUGCCUUUGCUUUAUGAAAGUGGGUUAAGUUUAGUUUGUGGAUUGACUGUCACUAUAUCAUGUGCUAAAGAAAUUCAAAUCGAUAGAUUACUUGAAAGAAACCCAGAAUUGUCGGUGUCAGAUGCAACUAAAAGAAUUGAUAGUCAAAUGUCGAAUCAAGAAAGAAACUACCGAUCUGAUAUUGUGGUUGAUAAUUCUGGAGAUUUAAACACACUCCAUGAAUCAAUUAAAUCUUUAGUUCAUGAAAUCAAACCCAACUUUUUCUGGUAUUUAUUAGAUUUGUUUCCUCCAUUUGCUAUCUUGUCAGCACUCUUUACAUUUACUCUCAGAAGAAUUUCUGACAAGUUUAUAGGUACUAGAAAACCUAAAUUGGAGUAA